UUAGGUCAAAAACUCCCGGCAUGCAGCGUCAAAAGGGCCUAGGUCGUAAUGCGAGAGAUUGAGGAUAAAGACGUUUUGAUAGACGGUUGCAUUCUUGGGACAGAGCCGACAGCUGUCUCUAUAGCAAAAAUAUACCAGCUUUGUACCAAGGUGAAUAUGGAGGGAGACAUUAUGUGUGCAGUGAGCGACAUUUGAACUCAUAAUCCUUGGUGUAGGUAUCGUCUGCUCACCGCUCCGUCACCAGCCAACCGACUGUUUGGGAGACAACAUUUGGUGUGACCAUGAAUCUGUAUCUGGACGCGAUCGCAGAUAAUAAACAACAGUACUAGUUAAUCAUCUGUGAAGACUAAAUUUGUUCCGUCUUUAAAAGAAAGGUUGUGGGAUGAUCCAGAAUGGCCUAUUAUGAAAAAAUAAAAGUGGGACUACCUUACACAAUUUUUGAGUUGGAUGACCGAAAGAUAUGCAGCAAACCAGCCUGCUGUUUAGAGCAGUGGUGUCUGAACACAAAGGCGUGCACAAAGGCGUGCAGGCUAGACAAUGAGGAGUGGGAGGGUAAGGCAAUGAGGGAGAGGAGGUGGGCACACCCUCACAAAAGCUGACCAUGAGAUGAAGUGAGAUCUCUAACACCUCUGUGACAACUGUAAGGAAUAAACUUGUUACAAAAGAAGAAGAGGGUGGCAUGCACAUCAUUAACAAAAAUGCUGGUAAUAAUGUGCUAGCUAAUCUUCAAGAUUUUCGGACAAAGGGAAUUUUGUAUGAUGUUGUUUUGAAGAUAGAAGAUCAAAUGAUCUUUGCCCAUCGAAGCAUCCUUGCCAUAAGCAGUGAAUACUUUAGGGCUAUGUUUGUGGACCACUUUAAGGAGCACCAUACUUUGGAGGUGACGCUUGAAUCAGUUUCAGCAGAAAGUGCAGCAAGUCUGGUGGAUUAUAUGUAUACUGGGCAGUUGAAUGUGACUAAGGAAGGUGUACAAUACCUGAUAGUUGUAGCAGACCAGUGGCAAAUGACAGAUGUGAAGGAUCUGUGUGCUAAGUUUAUGGAACAGCAGCUUGAACCUGCCAACUGUUUAGGUGUCUGGGAAUUUGCAGAGAGGUAUCAUUGUGACAUGUUACAAAUACAGAGUGAACAGCUUCUGAAACAACGAUUUCCAGCAAUUGUGUUGACUCCAGAGUUUUCUUACUUUAUCUUUUGAACGGCUAUUAAAGAUUCUGAAAUUCAGGGACAUCACACUCGGCUACAAAGGUGAAGACGUUGUUUUGGAAGCAGUUAUGCGAUGGGUGAACCACAGCUAUGAUAGUCGAAUUGAUAACCUGACAAAGACUGCUACGUCGGGU